AAAGCGACCUUUGAAGAACUUCCGGAGCAUGUUUCCCCAAUCCCCAUUCCCUACAGUGGACCUUUCUUUUCCAACGCUGUCGGCGUCUAUUUAUCACAGUUUAUAGCUUGAGUAUAUUUGUAGUGAGUUUUCUCUUAGAUCCACAAAUAUUCUGUUAAUACAAUGGAAGAAUCAGAUCAAGAAAUGAGUGAAGAAGUGGACAGUGACAAUGAGACCUGGGCUGGGCUCAUACCUGGGCCAGAUGAGAGAACAGAGCAGUGCACUCUGGGAAAAAGCACUCUCAACCUGCCAGAACUGCUUCUGGAAAAGAAACACAUCUUCAUGUCAGUGCUGUCUGUGGAUACUUGGGAAGCCCUGGCGCCAGAGAAGCGGAAGCAUCUUGAGGCUCUUUUGCCAACGUUUCCUGCGAAUGAUGGGGAUGAAAAACAGGAGACAGUGAGGAGGUUACUGAGUGGAGAAAAUUUCAAGUUUGGAAAUCCUCUGGAGGAUUUGCAGAAGAAAUUGAAAGAGGGAUAUUUACAUCCUGAAAUAGCCCGUUACAGGAAACAGACACGGCAGUUCCGAUAUAGAGAUUACAAAAUGCGACAUCAACGCUUUGUAUCAGAUUUGUUGAAACAGUUGCUUCUAUCUCGUCAGGAGCUGUUUGAGCAGGCCUCCACCUUGGCUCCAGGAGAACCAAUCAAAUACCAGUAUCGGCCUCUGGUGAAGAAGAAAAGUAGUCAUGUUGAGCAGAAUGUGAAGAAAAAAACUGUCAGGAUUCUGAAGGAAGUACGAGAAGAAUGUGGAAUUCCUGACACCUCAUCGGAAGAGGAGGAUGAAUCGUCUAGUCCGGUCCAGAGAAGCAGACGACAACUGUUCAAAUCUCUGGGGCCUAUUCCCUCCCCUGAGCCCACACUGCCCAGCGUAGUCGCCACCUUCGCCAACAAACCUCCGCAGAUGAACGGUGACAUGAACAGCUCGCUGCACCACCCGCCCCAAGCCACCACACCAUUGGGACCAACCACACCUGCUGCGGGACAGAACAAGCGGCCGCGGCCCAUCAGCCCUGUGGAGGUCACAGAGGAAAGUUAUAGGGUUAUGCUUAAGAUGCACAAGAGGAAAAAAUUGCUGGAACCGGAUCUGCCUGAAUUUGACACAAGCAAUGUCAGCCUGCAAGACAUAUUAUCCCGGUGUCAAGCCAAUAAGAAAAAUUCCAAGGCUCAUGCAGGAGACAGCACAACAGGCAAUCCUGCCACCAUGAAGAAAAGACUGAAACUCAAAGCCAAAGGAGAGAAAAAACGCAAGUUGAAGGUGAAGGAGUCGCCGAACCUCUUAGGGGAGGAGGAUAUGGUCAUGCCUGCUGCUUUACCCAGUCUGGACACCAGCCUAACGUUCCCUGGCCCAGAAGAGGUUCCAGACGAACCAUUGCAAAAGACAGUGUUUGGCCCUGCUACUAAUUUCUUCUGCCUCCUGCGAGAUAUAUUGUCAGAAUUUCCUGAUGGUAAAACAGCAACUGCAAAGGUUGAAGAAAGAGUUCGGGAGUGGUUGGACUCCAAUGAUGAGAUCUCCAACCCAUGGCUGGCCCUGCAGAAAAAUUGGGUCGAGCUUGUUGCCUCUGCUCUCAAGUUUUUGUCAGGAAGUGAGAUUGGUCUGAGGGUGGAGAACUUUGUGCCAUUUGUGGACUACAAAGAGCGUGCUCAGCAAUGGAAGUGGAUUGGCGUUGGUCGCGACGGGGACCCCGAACUGGCUGCUCUCUUCCGCCACUGGUUGCAGCAUAAGGACGAUAUCUGCGUAGACGGUCUUGACCCUGUGCAAGGGUCGCCACCGCCUCCCAAAGCCAAGACCAGUUUUAUUGUCCGGCCCACAUCAAGCGAUGAAAAGGCAUUGUUCCGGGAGCAGGAGCGGCUCCGUUUUGCAGCACCCCACAAAGCUUUUACCUUCAUGAUGCAUGGCUAUGACUCGGUGGUCGGGCCGGUCAAAGGUGUCUAUGAUAAAGACAGCGGUACAAACAAGGCCCGUGAACACAACUUGCUUGUAUCAGACCGACCCCCGUUUGUUACCAUACUCACACUAGUUCGAGAUGCUGCUGCCAGACUCCCAAAUGGAGAGGGUACGCGAGGUGACAUCUGUGAACUUCUAAAGGAUUCCCAAUUCUUGGCUCCAGGGGUCACAGAGACACAGAUCAAUGCUGUGGUGAGUGGUGCUUUGGAUCGACUACACUCAGAGAAAGAUCCUUGUGUGAAGUAUGACGUGACUCGCAAACUCUGGAUUUACCUUCAUCGAAAUAGAACUGAGGAUGAAUUUGAGCGUAUCCACCAAGCCCAGGCUGCUGCUGUGAAAGCCAAAAAAACAGUACACAGACCAAAGGCUGCAAAAGCUACGAAAGAACAAGCAGCUCCUCCCCCUGUCACAACAGCUCCCAGCACCGCUGUCACUCAGGCCAUGGCCACCCCACCCAGCAAACCGACCUUCACCUUGUCCACCUUGCCGUCAUCUGCUUCUGGAAAGUCGACCACGCAAGCAGAACCUGCCUCAUUGUUGGGGAAAAGUAUCAAGACAUCCACUAGUCUUGCCAGAUCAAUAUCUUUGGGUUCAACGGGUGCUGUCUCAGGGUCUCCCUCCCCCGGCGUGACGCUCCCGCCCACGGUCGCCCAACUCCGAGCAGCUCAGGCAGCGCUAGCCAAGUCGUCGUCCACUGUCAGCAAACUGCCCACAGUCAAGCAGCUGACAAGCGGUCAAGGAAUCACCACUGCAUCGUCUGCAGUGGCCUCCACAACGUCUUCAGUGUUGACGGUGACGUCAGUUGGACUGGGUGUGACGUCGUCACUGGCGGCACAGCUGCUGUACUCGUCUGGCUUGACCCCUGGACCGGGGGUCGGCGUGACUCGGCUGGCCAAACCUGGUUCUGCUCCCAUCUCCACUGCCACGACGUUCAGUUUGGUCACCACGAUGAAUGUGGCUCCGAAUGCCGCCGCGGGUGGGCAAACCCGUCAACCAGGCGUGCCCACCUUCAGCAUGUUGCACAGCCAGCAGUUGCUGAAGCAACAACAGCAGCAGCAGGCGGUGGGUGGUGCGCACAGUGUCCUCAAGCAGAAUGCUGCGCUGGUUGCUGCGGUUGGACAAACUGUUGCUGCGGCUUCCGCAAAUCCAGCCUCGGCCACCAAUCCAGGAUCAUCAAAGGGAAGCUCUGGCCUGUCGUCCAAACAGACGUUUUCUAUGACAGCCCGCCAGGCCCCGCCCCCUAACGUGGUGGUCACCAAAAACCAAGCGGCAGUGGUGUCCUCAAAAGCCCUGCCCGGCCUGAAGCAAGCGUCUCUCAUACUGUCACAAGACGGCAUGGCUAGCCUGACCCCUGCCACUUCCUCCACUGGUGCCAGCAAUGUUCCGGGCAAGCUGGUGGCCUUGACCUCUGUUCCGGGAUCAGGACCUGGGGAGGGAACUGUGAUGGCUCAGAUUGUACAGCAUGCUGCUGCUGCUCAGAUGGGAAAUACGAGAGGGGCAGCACAGACGAUAAAGCUUCAGGGUGGCAGCCUUGUCCAGCCUGUACUGGGUGGAAAACCCAUCCAGAUUGGAGGCAAGCCCUUCGCUCAGGCCAAAGGUCUGGUCCAGUUGGCGGGGAAAGGCGGUCAGCCGCUGGGUCUGAUCCGGACGCCCCAGGGUCCCCUGUCGGCCAUCAACCUGAUCCCUCAGCCCCUGGUCUCCUCCACCACGGUCAGCGCUGUGUCAGCUGCCGGAAAAGCUGCUACAGUUGUUGCUGUGGGCAACCCAGCAGCUGGAGUGGUCCUGACUCCGUCCGCCUCCACCGUUGGGCAGACAGCCUCUGGAUCAGUGGCCAUAGCAACAGCCACCAGCAACAGCACCCCUUCGACAGCGACGCUAGUGGCAACCUCCAAAGGCGCCACACCGACCAGAGUGUUGAGCCAGUCGCACGCGGGUAUCGUGGUCACGCAGCUGGCUCAGGGUAACAUCGCCCUCAGAUCUGCUGCCCCAGGAGGCUCCCAAGCCAAAGUGAUCCCGGCAGGCCAGGCGGGCCUCCUGCCCACACAGUUUAUCCUACAGCACGCUCCGGCCGCCACACCCUCCUCACAGGCCUCUGCUGGUCAAGCUCCACUCAUAGUGAGUAAUGCCUCAGGUGCUAAAGGAGCUCAGAAUCUCCAGGUGAUGCGGACUGUCCUGUCCCAGCAGGGGGCUCUCAAGCCCGGCCAGGCCACCAUCCUCAUCUCCCAGCCCGCCCUACCUCAGGCCGUGUCCACGGCAGGCGGGCUCACUGCUGCUCAGGUUGUACAGACAGGUGCUAAGACCUCAGGGCGGGGAUCUCCAAAGGGCAAAGGUCAGCCAGUGUAUGCCAGGAUCAUCACUCCGCCUCCAGGCAUGAAACUGACCGGCAUGGCUCAGGUCCCAGGCUCAGGUACUGCGGUGAGCGGCGUCAACGUGAUACAGACGAUGGGCAAGCUACUGGGCACCUCCCCCGGCUUGGCCACCCACAGUCUGCCCUCGCUGCCCAUGGUCAGUCUGGCUGUCCCAUCGGGGGUCAUCAACCCUGGGUCCACGGCCUCAGGGUCAGUGCAAGGUAGCAAGGUGGAGGUCGCCGCCGUUGUCUCUGAGGGAGUGAAGCCGGACGGAUCUAGAGACAGCUGAUACUGAGAUAGGGGUUUCUGUAGUUUACAAGAUCACUGAUGUAGUAGGCGAGAUCGUUGUUGUGAUGGGCAUUUUGCCUGUCUCAGAGGUCAGCAAUCUUCAGAUUGGCUCUUUUUUUUUCUUCCAAAUUUGUUUUAUCUUGUGUCUUUUUCAAAGACCAGAGCAGUUUAAGGACACUUAACCCUUUUAGUCUCUCAACCCCCCACCCCCUCCCCCAACACUACUUAUAGGAAUCUUAAGUCUGAGAGCCCUCUAGGUCGACGGCUAGAUUAGCACCACCACUGCCCACUGAGGCAUAUGCUGUGCUUGGUGUGAGAGGAUUGAAGAAGAGUGUACUCGGCUUCAAAGGUCUUUUUUUCACAAAACCCUUGUGGCAUUCCAGAGAAUGGUGUUUAGAUUGUACCUACUGGUAUUUCAAAAGGACUUUAUGCGUACACUGGAUGGAUAACUUCAACUAUUUGUACGUUUUGUAGUCUCACGGGUCAACACGUGUGCUUCAGUUUUUAGUGCAAGUAUGGUUUAGUAUGGGGAUGUAUUCUUGUAUGCCUUGAUGGAGUUGUCAGUUUCCCCACUUGUGCGUUUGAGUAUGCGGAGUAUGGAAGGAUAAAGUGAACCUUAACUACAAUUAAGAAUGAUGAAAUGCAUUGUUGAUGCGUUUGUAGUAUUUUGCUUAUACAGUCCAGCACACACUUAGCAAAAGCCAGGGGUGCUAAAAUCUUUUAAUCAUGUACGAUUUUCAGACAAUAUAAGAAUAAUUAUUUGCCAGGAAAAAAAAUAGUUCAGGAUCUAAAAGUCUGUUUGCUAUAUAUGUAUUUUAUGUCAUACGUGUGUUCGCUAUGUGCAUGCUAGAAUGUAUUGUCAUCUGAGAAUUGAUCAGAUGUAGAAGAAAUCAGUGUUGUCCCCACCCCCUUCAAGAUAUAAACAUUGGAACAAAAACGGAGAUGAAGAAGUCAGCUUUACUACUGUUGUUUUAUCUUGAUUCUCAGUGCAUUGUAGUUUCUUUAAUAGAAAAAAAAAAGCAAACAAAAAUACUGACAGUAACAGGUUUUUAGAUAUUUUGUUGUUGUUGCCAAUAUACUUCUGCAAUGCUUUGAUGAAAUCAUUUGUAACGAAUGACCCCAAUGUUGCAGGAGUUCAGGUACUUCUGUUUGUGUUAUGUAAUUUAAAAGGCACUACACCCUUACAUACCUGGAGGAAUGUUUUUUUUACAAAUUGUAAAACUUUGUAAAUAUUAUGCAUAUCAUAUGCAAAUGUAUCAUUGACAUGUUUUUUGUGUUACCAUGGUGAUUUUAUUGACAGAAUUGUUGCCUUUGUUUCAUUAUGUAUUUUAAAGAGGAAAUAAAAUGAAAAAAAAGGCUU